CAACACACUGCUUACAGAAAAAAAAAUAUUUGGAGGAAUGGGGGCUGACAAUGGGAGUCAAUUGCACCAUAACAAGAAGAAGAAAGGACUAUUGACAAAACAUCCAGGGCCUGAUCCCCAAAGGCCAGGUCUUACGAUGUGCCUAGUCUGGACACCAGAAUGCGGCCAGAGGAGCGGGGAUGAAAUUCAAAGAGGAAGUCUUGAGAAGUUUUUGUUUUUUAAACGAAUGGAAUGAAGAGGCUGAUUGCUGAGACCCGAGGGCUGAGCAUAAACAAGGGAACAUAUUUCUGCUGAAGAGACAAAAGACAGAUAUAAGUUAGGUAUGCAGGACACAGAGAAAAGGAGAGCCUGAAUACCAGUACUGUGAGCAAAACAAAGUGACAUCUGUUUCAUUGAAACAUUGCCACACCCUGUAAGGAAAGAGAGGUUGGGAGAAACAGACAAAUAUUUACACAUAGAUCAGUUUGUCUGACAAAGUGAGGAAAGCAAUGGAAACGAACGCAGAGACUGAGAUCCAGUCACCCCUGCUACACAAAGACCAAGCUUCAAGAAACCGUUACCCAGUGAAGUAUGGCUUCAUCUUCCUGUUCUUGGCUUUGUCCGUGUUAUUCUUCAUGCUUUACAACAUUGAUGUCAGGAAUUGGAAGAGCUCUAUAUUGGCUGGGAAAAAGCUCACCACCACCUUGACUCCGAUGACAACCAUGAUACCUCCAAUACAACCCACUGAGUCUACCGAUGUCUGCUCCUUCCAUUCUGUGCCAUGUGAAGACACUCUAGAGACAAACUUCUUAAAGGAGUUAAUUGCCUGGCCUGAAACCCCUUUACCAUUAAACUUUUCUCUAACUGACACCAGUGAUCCAGCUCACAGCACUUUCACCAUUCUCCCACGGAAUGGAGGGGGAAUUUGGCACGUAGGGGAUCAGCUGGAGGUUUUGAUAAAAACAUAUGACUUCAAUGGUCGCCCCAAGAAAUCUGGUGGAGAUGUCCUAUAUGCCCGGCUGCACAACCGUGCUCUUUCUGCAGGUGUGGUGGGGAAAGUGCUUGAUCAUCGCAAUGGUUCCUACACUGCUGUAUUCUCUUUACUUUGGGAAGGAGGUGCACAAGUUGAGGUCACCCUGGUUCACCCCAGUGAGGCCAUCACGCUGUUGGAGAAAGUUACCAAAGAGCAGCCUGACAGAGCACAUUUUCUAAGCGAGUUUCGCUCAGGCUCCAUCACCGAAACAGUUACAUGCAAUGUGUGCCUUAAGGCUCCCAGGGAAAAGCUGUGCAACUACACUGACCUCCACACAGGUGAGCCCUGGUUCUGCUACAGGCCAAAGAAACUGAACUGUGAUACCAGGAUCAGCCAUUUUAGAGGAGGAUUUACAACAAAAACAGAACCCAUGGAAGAUAAGCUCUUUCAACGCGGUGUCAACAUGAAAGUCUCCAUUCCACCAUUGGGACUUGCCAGCAUCAACAUUUUCUCAAAACUAAAAGAUGGAACAAAUGGAAGCUUGAAAACUAGUGUUGCUGGGUAUUACUACAAGGGAGUGUGGCAAGCACUAGAUGGCAGAACAGUUCAUCAGUUUAACAACGCAACAGCAGUAACCCAGUGUCUAAAAGGGAAGGUCCUCCACCUGUUUGGCGACUCCACCGUCAGGCAGUGGUUUGAAUAUUUAAUGUCAAAAACACCAAAUCUGAAGAUGUUUGACCUGAAAAGUCCAAAGAAAGCAGGACCUUAUAUGGCUUUGGAUUAUAAAAACAACAUCUUAGUGACGUACCGCUGCCAUGGUACUCCCAUCCUUUUCACUCCUAUGCCGGCUAGUCAGACACGUCAUAUUACCAGCGAACUGAGAAGUGUGGUUGGAGGCACCAACACUGUUAUAGUAAUUGCUGUCUGGGCACAUUUCACCAGUUUCCCUAUUGAGGUCUAUAUCCGACGUUUGCUAAACAUAAGAAGGGAAGUGGUGCGACUUCUGACCAGAGCCCCAGGCACUCUCGUCAUCAUCAGGACGCCUAAUCCCAAAGCAUCCAUACUCUCUGAGAUAUGGAACAGUAGUGACUGGUAUGCCUUGCAGCAGGAUAAGGUCCUCAGGGCAAUAUUUAAAGGGUUGAAUGUAAGACUGCUCGAUGCCUGGGAGAUGUGCUUGGCCCAUCACUUGCCGCACAGCCUCCACCCACAACCUCCCAUAAUAAAGAACAUGAUGGAUGUUGUUCUGUCCCACAUAUGUCACCCAUCUGGAAAUUUUAAGGAUGCAACAGUACAGUAAAAAACAGAUUAGACAUGAAUGAAGAGACAACUACUCAGUUAAACAGUUACAGUUUAAUGCAUAGCACAAAAUAAAUGUCAAUGAACAGUUCAGAUUAUGAAAUAAAUCAUUAACAAAACAGAAGGAGACUAAGUCAUUUCUUUUAUAUAUAGAUGUAAAAAUUAUAGGUACAAAAGGUUCUUACCAAGAAGUUGAGGAAUCCAGCAGUCGAUUAAAAGCAGGGGAACUGGCUUAGGAGAAUUUUCCAAAGAGCAGGACUUUUAAAAAAAAUACACAUUACAAUUUUUAAAGGUAAACAUUGUUUUGCAUUUAUGAUUUGUUGACUUAAAGUGGUUUCCUUUAUGUAUUCAUUGCUGUUGCUUGUCUAUGUAUCCACUCCCUGCCUCUCACUGACUUUUUUAAUGUCUAUGUUUAUACCUGUGUUUUCAUUGUAAGAUUUAAAAACAUAACAUUUUGUUACCCAUGUGUGGCUGUUUUGACCUCAUUUUCUUUUGGGCCUAUUUUGUUUAUAUUUUUGGUCAACUGCUCCUGAAUGGAUUGUUGUUCAUAUUUUUAUGAAGGUGAACCAAAAAUCUAUAUUUUGUACAACUCUGUCCUUGUACUUCACAUUCCAUGACCCUUGGAAUUUGGUUGGUAGAGUUGCCAAAGAUUUUAGCACUAUUCAACAUAUUUUUACUCAAGUAAAACCAAAAAGUAGUCAAACAAGAAAUUUGUAAGAAGGCUACUGACUUAUUGAGUAACUAAUCAUAAUAAUUUAUUUAAUAUAUAAAAUGUGUAUAAUUGGACAGACAAAAAUAUAAAGUUGUACAAAUACUGGUAUUUUAAAGACUAAAAUAAAGAAAUAUACAAAAAAAUAUACAAAAAAAAAAAAAGAACACUUCUCUGAAUCAAUUUGCUCAAUGAGCUCGACAGAUAUAAAUUACUAUUAAAAUAACAAAGCUUGUGUACAAACAAGAUGUCCCACUUUAACAUACACUGUAAGUGUAUGCAUUUUGGUAAAAACAAGUUUGUUCUUUAUUCAGUGAAGUUGCAUACAGUGGGUAGAAUUGGCAUAAAUUUUACUUAAGUAAGCAGUGGUACGCCAUAUCCUUAAGUUUUUGCGUUUUGCGUUUGCGUCUUUAUUUUGUAUUAUGCUUUCUUUAGGUUCUUUAUCCUAUAAGGAUUGGUCAUGGAUGUAGUAAUGUAUUAGGUUCAUGUUUAUAUUUGGAUUCCUCUUCCCUAUUUUUUUCACUCUGCAGUUUCUCUCUACUAGAAUUAUGUUUAUGUUUAAUUUAAUUUUAUGUCCUCAGGACCGUGCUCUUCUCUGUUUCUCACUGUUGCCCACUCAGCUCUUCAUGCCUUUCACCUGUCGCUUGUCUAGUUAAUCAAUUUCACCUUCCUUUCUGCUU